UGCGCAAGCGCAAGGCCUACAUCCAUCUAUGAGAGGCGAGUGAAGUGCCGGGCCAUCAGAGACGAUAGACAACACCACGCAACGGGACCGGACCAUCUGAAAUGGCUGAAGAGACCAGGCAACAAGCGGCAUCUCCAGAAGAAUCACAGGAGGAUCCACCAGCAACUCGCGCUAUCGUGCGCGUGCUUGGGCGCGUGAAAUGGUUCAACGUGAGGAGCGGCUACGGAUUCAUCAACCGGAAUGACAACCACGAAGACAUUUUCGUACAUCAGACCGCUAUCAUCAAGAACAAUCCGAAAAAGUUUCUUCGAAGUGUUGGCGAUGGAGAGUUAGUGGAGUUUGAAGUGCAGGAAGGCGAAAAGGGCCCGGAAGCAAUGAAUGUGACAGGACCAAACGGGGGAUUUGUACAAGGCAGCAAAUAUGCUCCUUUUCGUCGUGGUCGUCGUGGACGUGGUGGAUGGGGGCGAGGCCGUCGAAGAGGAGGAUUUGCUCAACAGCAGAACGAAGACGAGAAUGAGGAGGAAGUUGUAGAGGAGGCUGCCCCACCACCUCCCAGAGGACGAGGACGAGGCCGAGGCCGCGGAAGAGGCUUCUAUCGAGGUCGGGGAGGCCGCGGAGGAGGAUUUUACAGACGCAGAGAUGACAUGGAUGAUGAGGGAGAGGAAGGUGGUGUCAACAGGCGACCACGAACGUUUCGUCGCAACAGGCGCCGUGCUUAUGAAGAUGGCGACGAACAAGCUGAAAUUGAAGAGCAAGACGAAGAAGCCGAAGAGGAAGUACAGAAUGAAGAGCCACCUCCACAACAACGAGGUCGCGGUCGAGGAGGUCGCGGAAGGCGAGGAGGGAGGCGACGAAUGAGACGUCGUCCAGCUGGCGGAGAUGGUGGAGGCAACCAGGAGAACGAGCCUGGUGAUACCCAAGAUUGAUCCAACUAUUGUACCUGCUGCAGUGUAUGAACAUCUGAAAGAGGCUGUUUCGUUAUGAACCAUCCGUUUUGUCAUUGAAAGUGCUAUCGCUAUUGUCUGUUCCUCGUUGCUACUACUUACUACCACAUACUAUAAACGCAUUGCCAAGAACGAAUUACGGCAUGUCGUUACGAUCGGAUUCUCGUUAUGCUAACUGUUGUUUUAGUAUCUUGGCAUUCUUUUUCAACCCUAUAGCCUGGAUUUGACCUGCAGCAGACAUGAGACAGCAAUCACAUCACGUGGA